AUGUCACCACCUCGAAGUUUCCUGAUCAGCUGGCCACCAUCUCGGCAUCCUACCAUCUGCCCUGCAGCCAUGACAGUCUCAGCAGCUCAUCCGAUCGACCUGCCCCGUCCUGAACGGCCAAUCCGCACUCGCAAACCACCCACAACCUACAUUCCAGCCCCGUCGACCACCCGUCGUAGCAGGCAGCCAGAGCAACACCAACAUGAUGUCCACGGUAUCGAUCCUUUAGCCCGAACGCGUCGCGCCACUCGUCAGAUCGGGCCUGCGGGAAAUUAUGGAUCUGAGGAGCAUCACGACAACUCAAAAGACCUGCUAAACCAGUCCAACUCUCACCAGCAUCAUGAACCGGAUUCCGAAGACAAGGAUGCCGAUGGCGAAAUUGACGAUGAAGCGGUCGAUUAUGAGCUUUCAUCUCCUAAACCCGACAGUGAUAGUGAUUUUUCCGCUGGGAAUGCCGAGCCAUCCGACCCGCCGCCGCAAUCUGAUGAGGACGUGAACAUCAAACGCACUCGAAGAACUCAACGUGUCGCAAUCGAUUCUGAUGAUAGUUUCUCACAACCUAGACCGACCACUAGGAAGAUUCAUCGGAAGGCAGUGGAGUCAAACGACUCCCAUGAAGAUGAACAGGAGGAGGAGGGGGUCGGAUUUGAUACGACUGGACCUUCAUCUUCCAAACAGGCACAAGCCCAAAGGUUAGCAUCUUUGGCCCGACAACGAGCCAGUACCGGUACUCGCAGGAGCGCACGCAACACGGCUUUUGGAGUUAAUAGCAAACAGGCCCACGAAGAGGACGAAGGCCGGCAGCUGAGGAAUAGGAAACACGUCGACUAUCAUAUCCCCGCCUUGGAUGCAUUCGAAGCUGAAGACAAGAACAAAGGCAAGAAGGAAAGGGGACGAGGGUUCCGGCUGCCGAUGAACAUGAGCGGCAAACAGAUGGAUCGACUGUUUGGGAGUCAACGACCUGGCCCUGAUUCCGACGAAGAGCCCACUCCGGCAUUUGGCCAGGUCAGUGGAGCUGGUAUGCUAGGUGGCGCAUCUGCUGGACCCUUUGGAGCUCCAUUGUUGGAUCCCGGAAGUUUUGCCGCUGGGGGUCCUAGUAAUAUGGGCAAAAUGUCUGGCGCUGCCAAUCUUGCAGAUACAGAUCCUCUCGGAGUACAGACCAACAUCGACUUUUCACACGUCGGUGGAAUGGAAAAUCACAUCCAGCAACUCAAAGAGAUGGUCUCUCUUCCUCUCCUCUACCCCGAGGUUUUCCAACGCUUCCAAGUCACUCCGCCACGUGGUGUUCUUUUUCAUGGCCCUCCCGGAACCGGUAAAACUUUGCUCGCUCGGGCAUUAGCUGCAAGUUGCAGUAGUGAAGGUCAAAAAAUAUCUUUUUUCAUGCGCAAAGGCGCAGAUUGUUUGAGUAAAUGGGUAGGAGAAGCCGAACGUCAGUUGCGAUUAUUAUUUGAGGAAGCCAAGAAUUGCCAGCCGAGUAUUAUCUUCUUCGACGAGAUCGACGGGCUCGCGCCGGUGAGGAGCAGUAAACAGGAACAGAUUCACGCGUCGAUUGUCUCUACCCUGUUAUCGCUAAUGGAUGGUAUGGAUGGUAGAGGUCAGGUGGUUAUUAUCGGGGCAACAAACCGACCGGAUGCUGUCGACCCUGCCCUCCGGCGGCCUGGUAGAUUCGAUCGAGAGUUUUACUUUCCUCUCCCUAACCGAGAAGCCAGACUAAGCAUCUUGAAUAUACAUACUCGUGAUUGGAAUCCUCCCCCCUCAGAGGAAUUUAAACAUGAACUGGCCGAUCUGACCAAAGGCUAUGGUGGAGCUGAUCUCCGGGCUCUAUGCACGGAGGCAGCUUUAAACGCUGUACAACGGAAAUAUCCACAAAUCUACAAAACAUCCGACCGACUCGUGAUUGAUCCCCAGUCGAUUGAUGUGGUUCCCCGAGAUUUUACCAUUGCGCAAAAACAUUUGAUCCCAUCAACUAGUCGCUCGACUGCAAACAUCGCAAGCCCGUUGCCAUGCCAUUUGAAGCCCUUAUUGGAACGAUCGCUUGAGCAGGUCAAAGGACUUUUGGAUAAAAUGCUACCCAACGUCAAGAAACCGAACAUGCUCGAAGAAGCAGAGUAUGAAGAUGAAGAUGGCGGGUUCGAGAAAGAGAAAACAAUGCAAACAUUCGAAACCUUGCGGAUCUUUCGACCUCGAUUGGUUAUCUGCGGUCCUAAAGGUGCCGGUCAACAGCACAUUGGCAGUGCCAUAUUAAAUCAUCUGGAAGGAUAUCACGUCCAAUCUCUGGAUCUCGCAAACUUGAUUGGCGAUUCAACAACAAGUGCAGAUGCGAGAUGUGUUCAAAUCUUUACCGAAGCAAAAAGACACAAGCCUUCCGUGUUAUUCAUACCCUCACUGCAUCAUUGGCAGUCUUCACCCAUACUUGAAAGCGUCACACGGACAGUAACCAGCCUAUUAGACGAGCUGAAGGUUUCGGACCCCAUUCUACUCCUGGCAAUUGUUGACUGCCCAUUCAAGGAACUCUCCAGAGAUAUUAAAUCUUGGUUCGGUAUCAGCAGAUCUAACAGAGUCACCCUUCCAUCCCCCGAUGAAGCUCAACGCACAGAAUUCUUUGCCGACACGAUCGCUAAUAUCCGACGGCCACCGACAGAUUUUCCAGAUGCUUUGCCCAGGAAGAAGCGGGUGCUUGAGGUGCUCGCUAAAGCACCACCCCGUGAGCCCAGGAAACCGACGGAAAGCGAACUGCAAUCUCAGUUGGCGCAAGAUCAAAAAUUGGUGGAAUAUCUCAAGUUCCGCUUGGGACCGGUGCUUGCUGAGCUGAAAAAAAAACACAAACGAUUCACCAAGCCGAUCAAUCCGCCACCUCAACAACUAGAGCCACAAGCAGACGAGGACGAGGUUUCAGUAGUGCCAAAGUACUACGACGUCGAUCUAGAAAAGAUGCAUUACAAGCUCUACUACAAUGAGUACCUCACAUCACACCAAUUCGUAGCGGAUGUGCAGAAGAUCGUUUAUAAUGCUGAACAGGAACAUCAACGCUCUUUGACCGAGGAUCACGAGACGGUGGUGAAGGCUCAAGCAAUGUUGACGCAUACCAGGGUGAUGGUUGAACAAGCUUGUGACCACCAGUUUGAUAUUGAUUGUCAUCGGAUGUAUGAACGAAUGAAACUGCGAAAUCCACUUCUCGGCCAGCCCAAGAAAAAAGCUACACCCAAGGAGAAAAACCAACCACUACCGGAACGGCAAAGUGGCCGAGUCUGGGGUCUAGAGCCCGAGAUUCCAUACGAUCCUCACUUCUCUGACCGGGGCGUGAAGCGAAUGAUUAGCGGGUGCGAGCCGCACACCGACAACGAACGGCCUAUCAAACGGAGUAAAGGCCCCCAGCCUUCCACGAGUGGUUCCGUCAAAGACGACCAGGCUGUCGAUGAGAAUCACCAAGCUGAUGGAACAACGCAGGAAUCUAGCGCUCACAAGAUCGAUGCUCCAGAAUCCACCACGCCGGACUACGAGCCGGACCCUCUGAAAGCCAUGGAACCGGAUGUUUCCGGUACCAUCCUUCCGUCAGUCUCGGCAUCCAUAGCGAAUCUUUUGAAUGUCGAAAACCCUCAACCCAACGGCAUCCAACACUCUCAAUCAUCGUCCGCGCCGGGAGCGGCCCCGAAUGGAGACUGCAGCAUGCAAAACGGCGAGACUGAUCCGGUCUUGCCACAUCCGCUACCCAACGGCAACGUCGACGUCGAGAUGGAUGCCAGUAGUCAGAUACCCCAGCAGGCGAGUCUGACCUCAGACAAAGACCAGCCUGCCGAAGGUUCCCGUCCAGUCGAGCCUCCGCCCCCGACGAUCAUCCCCCCCAUCAUCCACCCAGAAUUCGUGUGUCCCGAACAGUCCCUCAAUCUCAUCCGCUCCGAACUCGUCGACAAAACUGCCGGCCUCUCAAUCGAUCAACUCGAGGAACUCCGCGCUGGUUGUUGGAACUUGAUCUGGAAAUCCAGGGCUGACUUCGAUCGCUCUUCCAUGAUCACUGAGUGUCUGGAUUUCAUCCAUCAGUACUUCGCUGAUAUUCUCGACGAUCUCGAGCUUCAAAAUCUUGAUGAUCAGUGA